CAUGUGAGUCAGCCAAUGAAUGAAAAUUCCGGAUUGAAUACGAACAGCCGAAGAGCUGACUAAAAAAAUCAGCGCGCAAGUGGCGUGAUCCUCACAGUUUUGAUUAAAACAUUGAAGUGUUAACACCCAUUUUUUCACUCGAUGCGAUUUUACGGGUAGGCAUCUUAACGAUUUGCUUUCAAAUCAAAUUCAAUUGAUUUAACAUCACAGAAAAUAUUGUGUUUGUUUCAUUUACGGUACAUGUUUAGUCAUAACAAGUAGAAGAGAGAGAAAGAGAGAGAGAGAGAGAGAGAGAGAGAGAGCUAUAAAGCAACUUAGUUAAAGCAAUAAUUGAAUUUUGUGAUAAAUUUUACGACCGACAAAUUAGUCUCGCGCUAUAGUAAAAGUUGAUUAGAAAACUUGAAAAUCUCAGUGGGCAGCUCUAAAUCAAAUCAAUCAUUUUGCAAUAGAAAAGUUGUCAGAAAAAAAUUUAUAAAGUCGAAUCGAUUUUCAUUUCCAGUUAAACGUCAGAAUCAACCAGAAAAAAGAACGUAAAGUGUAAAGUCCAAAACUGCUGGUGAAACCGUGUGUAUUUCGAAUAAAAUUUGUGGGUGACGAUUUUAUUUAAUCGUUUGGAAUUCCAACAAACAACUAACCAAAUUUCAACGCAAAACAAUCAUGUCGGACAACGAAGAAAAGAAAGAAAUUCGUGUUUGGUGUGAUGGAUGCUAUGACAUGGUCCAUUUUGGUCAUGCAAAUUCAUUGCGUCAAGCAAAGGCGUUAGGACAUAAGCUAAUUGUGGGUGUGCACACCGACGAGGAAAUCAAGAAGCACAAAGGGCCGCCAGUUUUCACUCAAGAAGAACGGUACAAAAUGGUUCGCGGCAUCAAGUGGGUUGAUGAUGUCGUGGAAGGUGCACCAUAUGUCACGACAUUGGAAACCUUGGACAAAUACAAUUGUGAUUUCUGCGUGCAUGGCGAUGAUAUAACUAUGACAGCAGACGGUGUGGAUACAUACCAAAUAGUUAAAGAUGCCGACCGAUAUAAGGAGGUGAGCCGAACCGAAGGAAUUUCAACAACAGAUCUAGUCGGCCGAAUGCUCCUGUUAACAAAGAAUCAUUUUCGUCAAGGCGAAAAGGAAUACGCAAUCGAAAAAGAAGGUUCAUCAAAUCUGGGCCAAGAUCAUUCGGCACGAUCACCAUGGACUGGUUGUUCCCAGUUCCUGCCAACAACUCAGAAGAUAAUUCAGUUCAGCGACGGCAAAUCACCAAAGCCGGAUGAUAAAAUUGUUUACGUUGCUGGUGCAUUCGAUUUGUUCCAUGUUGGACACUUGGACUUUUUGGAACAGGCGCGCAAACAUGGCGAUUACUUAAUCGUUGGAUUGCAUACAGAUCCAGUGGUUAAUAAGUACAAGGGUUCCAAUUACCCGAUCAUGAACAUUCACGAGCGUGUGUUGAGUGUACUCGCAUGCAAGUACGUGAACGAAGUGGUAAUUGGUGCUCCAUACUCGGUCACUGAGGAACUAGUGAGGCACUUCAAAGUGGGCGUCGUGUGCCAUGGACAAACUGAAUUGCCAAUGGAAAAUGGCGUACAUGACCCAUACGCUGUGCCGAAGAUGAUGGGCAAAUUCAUUUCGAUUGAUUCCGGCAACACCAUGACCACAGAAAAAAUAGUCGAGCGCAUCAUCAAGCAUCGCAUCGAGUUCGAGGAGCGAAAUUCUAAGAAGGAGAAAAAAGAAAUUGAAGCAUACGAAGCAAUGACAAAGGCUAAACAAAACGAAAAAGCCGGAUAAUAAUAAUGGCGAUGCGCAGCUAAAUCUCGAUUUUCAUUCAAUUCAUUCCAAUAAUAAAACAAAAAUUAUUUGAUUUUGCUUCGUUCCUGUGGAAAUACUUUUAACACUUGUGGCCAUUACUUUCUUAUACUCGUUGUUUUGUUUGUUUCCUUGUAUCAAAACAAAUGUUUUCAUCAAUUUUUACCAAUUUAUCAAAUGUAUAAUUCGUAUUCAAGUUAAAACCAGCACCAAUUCACAUACACAGACACUCAACUUAGGACCUUAGCGAAAAUGAUGAUGAUUUGUUUUGAAGAUAAGCGAUUCGAUUUAACGUACUAUGUACUGUGACAAAUUGGAUCGCAUGAAAUGAAUAUCUCAAAAGUUGAAGAAAAAAAAUAAUCGUAACCAAAGCAUUUUUUUUAGAUUUACAUUUCGCUUUUUUUUAUUUAUGUAUAACAAUUAUCACACGGUUUAAUAUGUUUAGUUUGUGGCAAAAAUGGCAUAUUUUUCUAUUAUUCCAAAAGAAAUUAUUUUUUAGUUUAGGUAACAAAUAAUAAGCCAAGUGUAAUGAAUUAAUAAAGGAAGUUGUUUAAGAAUUAUUUUAAGAUCAGACACAAAGAAAAAGAUAAAGAUGUUGAAAGAAUGAAGAAAAAGAAGUUAAAAAGGAAGCCUUUGAAAUUAAAUUAAAAGGAAAACCAAUUUGUUACUCUGAUUUAACGCUGAUAGCAAACUAAAUUUAUUUUGUAUAUACGGAGUAAUUUGUGUUUAUGCAUAUCGUUCGAUUUUGAACAAGAUCUGCUUUUCAUUAAAUUAAUUCACAGAGUUUUGUUUGUCGGUAUGGAAAAAAAAACCAGAAAAUCUCUUCACUCUUUUUCGUUGUACUUUAUAUUAUUUGUUGUUCACAAGAGAAAUAAAAUGGAAAAAAUAAUAAUGAAAUUCA